AUGGAAUGGGUGGUAAGGAUUACAGAUGUGUGUUGUUUGAGUCUUGCAUGGUAUUUAAACAAGAUUUUUCCUGGAGAGAAUAUUGCCACUUCACAACCAUGGAGUUUCCCAUUUAUCUCCAGUUUUUGGUUCUCUACUUAUAAAAGUAUUCCCUCACUCCAAGUACCCAGACACGCAUUACAAGAGGAUGGCUUUAUUGAAAACUUUAACGAAGAUCAUAUUUCAGAUUCCGACCGCAAUGUGCUAUCCAUUAACAAUAUACUGAAGGAAUUUAAAGUCAAAGAAAAACCAAAGGAUGCAUCUUCUGAUUCUAGCAAGGGGAUCUUUGGCAGAUUUUUUUGUGGUGCAGCAACGGAAACCAAAAUUAAGCGUGCUGUGCAAGACUUUAAUUUGAAUUUACACAGUAGUCAGAUUCUUGCACUACUGGGCCACAACGGUGCGGGAAAAACUACAUUAAUAUCCAUGAUAAGUGGUGUUGUGUUGCCAAAAUCAGGCCACAUUUACGUCAAAUCCAAGUCGGGCGACAAAGUGAUGGAUAUAACGGAUCCUUUUGCAUUAUCAAUGUUUAGACAAGAACUUGGUGUAUGUCCACAGUUUGAUGUAAUCUUUGAAUCUCUCACUGUUCGUGAGCAUUUAGAACUGUAUUGUGGUAUUAAGGGUGUGACGAUUGAUGGCCGAGUUGGAGAUUUUAUAUCUAGUGGUCAAAAAGAUGCUGCAAAUUUAAAAAUGCAAUAUGUCGAGGCCAUAGCACGCGAUGUUGAACUGUAUGCUAAACUAGAUGCCUACAUCAGUACUCUCUCUGGCGGUAUGAGACGCAAGCUAAGUGUAGCUAUUGCGCUACUUGGAUCUCCUCGUAUCGUGUUGUUGGAUGAGCCAACUACUGGCAUGGAUGUUGCUGCUCAACAACGUAUCUGGUCCUUGAUUCGAAGCUGCAAAAAGAAUCGUGUUUUGAUUGACUACACAUUCUAUGGAGGAGGCCGAUGUUCUUGGUGA